AUGGCCUCGUGUCUGUACGAAUGCCUCUGUGAGGCAGAACUCCAGAAAUAUUAUCCUCAUUUUACCGCCCUCGGUUUUCAGAAGAUCGACGAACUGGCCACGGUCUCCAUGAAGGAUUACAGCAAGCUCGGGGUUCAUAACAUGAAGGACCGCAAGCGUCUCUUCCAGCUCAUUCGGAUUAUCAAGACGUUGCAGGCUGAAGAGGAAGCGGUCAGGAGAAAAGAGGAAGAUUUUCAAAAAAGCGCCCGCCGUCUGCGACCCCAGCUCACUCGGUCUGGCCCACGGAGACAACUUCAUUUUGAUUCCGAGGAAAAAGCUGAACGAAAGGACUUCGUACCCGAGUCGGGCACUUUAUCUCACAGUUCUUCCCGUGAGAGUAAAGAGGAGGCCGCUGCAGAAUUCAGCCACGAUUUGGUCUCCAAAAGACCCGCAGCUUGGACGGAGGAUCAGCUUGUUGCUCCAGCUAGAAGUUCCUCUAAUGAUGUUUUAGGAGAUGCCGACAUAUCCUUUGUGCAGAGGGUAGCUCAUAUCUCAGGCUACAAUUAUGGAGUGCCUCAUUCUUACACCAGAACGGGGGCUUCUGAGAAAGAGAUGCCGUGGAUCGAAACGGACAAGAUCCGUGUGUGUGUACGAAAACGCCCCCUCGGCUUACGAGAAGAGAGGCGUGGAGAAGUGAACAUCCUCACAGUGGAAGACAAAGAAACUCUUCUGCUCCAUGAGAAGAAAGAGGCAGUUGACCUCACUCAGUACAUUUUGCAGCAUGUGUUUUAUUUCGACGAAGUCUUUGGGGAGACAUGUUCCAAUCAAGAUGUGUACAUGAAGACCGCCCAUCCUCUUAUUCAACAUGUGUUUAGUGGAGGCAAUGCCACCUGCUUUGCAUAUGGACAAACAGGGGCAGGAAAGACCUACACAAUGUUUGGCACCCAAAAAAACCCCGGCCUCUACGCCUUGGCCGCUAAAGAGAUCUUCAGGCAACUGGAAACCACACAGGCUAGGAAAGACCUCCACGUCUGGAUCAGCUUUUACGAGAUCUACUGCGGGCAGCUUUAUGACUUGCUAAACGGAAGAAAGAGGCUUUUUGCAAGGGAAGAUAGCAAGCACGUCGUACAGAUAGUCGGACUGCGCGAGGUCCACGUGAAUACGGUCAGCUUGCUUCUGGAGGUCAUUCUGAAAGGAGGGAAGGAACGCAGCACAGGGGCGACUGGAGUCAACUCCGAUUCUUCCCGAUCCCACGCCAUUAUCCAGAUUCAGAUGAAAGAUCCUGCAAACAGAGUGUUUGGGAGAAUCUCAUUUAUUGAUCUGGCUGGCAGCGAGAGGGCAGCUGAUGCCAAAGACUCUGACCGACAGACAAAAAUGGAGGGAGCAGAAAUCAAUCAGAGUCUUCUAGCACUGAAAGAAUGCAUCCGUGCGCUCGAUCAGGAGCACGCCCACACUCCCUUCAGACAAAGCAAACUGACCCAGGUCCUGAAGGACUCUUUUGUGGGCAACUCCAAGACGUGCAUGAUCGCCAAUGUGUCACCCAGCCACAUUGCCACAGAGCACACCUUAAAUACCUUGCGCUACGCUGACAGAGUAAAAGAGCUGAAGAGAGGGAUGAAAUCUUGCACCCCGACGGCCAACAGGCACCGGCCAACAGGCCACACCUCUCCGAAGCGCAUCCAGAAUUCUCCUUCCCUCCAAGUGGGAGGAAAGAGCUCUCCCAAAAAAGCCAAGCUGGGGCUGCAGCACCCUCCCGUACCGACCCCCGGGUCCAAGGUGAAGACCUCGUUGCUGUUUCAGCCAGCUCACCUUCCUUUCUCUUCCACUCCGAAAGGGCAGGGGUGCAAAGACCCCUCGGGACCUCCGUGGCCCGGUUGCACCGGCCCGGAAAAAGGGAUUGCGUCCAAGAAGCUAGCCGAGGAACCGACCGUAACUUCGGAGAAAAGCCACCUCAGGAAGGACUUGGUGGGCAGGAGAGAAGGUGGCCAGGCGGACCGGCAGCGGGUGAAGUGUCUGAGAGUCGAACCGGUGCAAAAGCAACUGGUUUCCAGGGCCGAUUUUUCCCACCCCA